GGAGCAGGGACCUGGCAGCAGGCUGGGAGGCUGCGAGCGAGUCGCGAACCGGGCGGGCGGCGGGCGGCGGGCGCGCGCACCAUGGGGGAGAAACCGGGCACCAGGGUCUUCAAGAAGUCGAGCCCUAACUGCAAGCUCACCGUGUACUUGGGCAAGCGGGACUUUGUAGACCACCUGGACAAAGUGGACCCCGUAGAUGGUGUGGUGCUCGUGGACCCUGACUACUUGAAGGACCGCAAAGUGUUUGUGACCCUCACCUGCGCCUUCCGCUAUGGCCGCGAGGACCUGGACGUGCUGGGCUUGUCCUUCCGCAAAGACCUGUUCAUCGCCAACUACCAGGCCUUCCCCCCCGUACCCAACCCACCGCGGCCCCCCACCCGCCUGCAGGACCGGCUGUUGAGGAAGCUGGGCCGGCAUGCCCACCCCUUCUUCUUCACAAUCCCCCAGAAUCUGCCCUGCUCUGUCACCCUGCAGCCAGGCCCCGAGGACACGGGGAAGGCCUGUGGAGUAGACUUUGAGAUUCGAGCCUUCUGUGCCAAAUCACUAGAAGAGAAAAGCCACAAAAGGAACUCUGUGCGUCUGGUGAUCCGAAAGGUGCAAUUUGCCCCAGAGAAACCCGGCCCCCAGCCUUCAGCAGAAACCACACGCCACUUCCUCAUGUCCGACCGGUCCUUGCACCUUGAGGCUUCCCUGGACAAGGAGCUCUACUACCACGGGGAGCCCCUCAGUGUCAACGUCCACGUCACCAACAACUCCACCAAGACCAUCAAGAAGAUCAAAGUCUCUGUGAGACAGUAUGCGGACAUCUGCCUCUUCAGCACUGCCCAGUACAAGUGUCCCGUGGCUCAGAUCGAACAAGAUGAUCAGGUGUCCCCCAGCUCCACGUUCUGCAAGGUGUAUACCAUCACCCCGCUGCUCAGCGACAACCGGGAGAAGCGAGGUCUUGCCCUGGACGGGAAGCUCAAGCACGAGGACACCAACCUGGCUUCCAGCACCAUCGUGAAGGAGGGCGCCAACAAGGAGGUGCUGGGCAUCCUGGUGUCCUACAGGGUCAAAGUGAAGCUGGUGGUGUCUCGCGGCGGGUGA